GUGAGGGAGGGAGAGAGAGAGAGAGAGAUAGAGAGAGAGGGAGAAAUGAAGAAAAAAAUAUCUUAUGCAAAUGAGGGCAUUUCCGCUGCUUAGCCAAAAUGGCGAAAACUUAUGAUUAUCUGUUCAAGCUUCUUUUAAUAGGCGAUUCAGCAGUAGGAAAAACAUGUAUACUGUUUCGAUUUUCAGAAGAUGCCUUUAAUUCUACAUUUAUAUCUACAAUAGGUAUCGACUUUAAGAUUCGGACAAUAGAGUUAGAUGGCAAAAAAAUUAAGCUACAGAUAUGGGACACAGCUGGUCAAGAAAGGUUCAGAACUAUCACUACAGCCUACUACAGAGGAGCAAUGGGCAUAAUGCUGGUAUAUGACAUCACAAAUGAAAAAAGUUUUGACAACAUAAGGACAUGGAUAAGAAAUAUCGAAGAGCAUGCCUCCAAAGACGUAGAGAAGAUGAUGUUGGGUAAUAAAUGUGAUCUUACAGACAGACGGCAAGUUUCCAAAGACAGGGGAGAGCAGCUUGCUAUAGAGCAUGGCAUCAAAUUUAUGGAAACCAGUGCUAAAGCCAGCAUUAAUGUAGAGGAGGCAUUCUUCACACUUGCCAGGGACAUUAAAUCCAAAAUGGACAGAAAAAUUGAUUCGUCAGGGCAGGUGAGCGGCAAGCAAGGAGGAGGCUACCAGCUAAAGAAUGAGAAUUCUCAAAAGAAGUCUUUUUGGAAGUCCUGUACAUUGCUAUGAGUAUCUCCAUUUCUGUUUGCUAGUCUGAGCGGGUGAAUGUUUGCUUAAAUAGCUUAGUAUCAUGAAGCUUGACAGGAGAAUGAUUACUUUGUUUCAUGUACAUUGUUUUUUUAUUGUCAACAAACAUUUUUUAUAACUUUCACUAUAGAAGGAUUAUGUUUAUAUAUUAAAUUUAUGAACAAAGGUGAUAUUUGGAAAUAGACUGACUUAAGCAGCCAUUAAAAAACUGAUGAAUUAUAGCAUCAUAUUUUUGGAUUUAGUUAUUUAGUGAUUAUUUGCUUUUUUUUUCUGUACUCACAUAUUGAGCUAGAUCUGAGAGUAAAGUAACAGUAAUGCUGCAGCUGCUGUUGUGCAUCAGUUUCCUCCCUUGAAACAUAACAUUAACAAAAACAUACUACUCAAAAAGUUUUGAAUUAGGUACUGAUGCAGGCUAAUGCUGAUCUGAAGGGCUUUGAGAUCAUGGAUGUGCUACUUUACUUGGAGCAUUCCCGCCUGCUUUUUUUUUUGUACAUUUCUUGUUCAGCUGCCCAAAAGAUUUUUUUUUUUACCAUGUGAUCUAAAGAAGUAAAAGAAAUUGCUUCAUGCUAUAUUUAAUCCUAUUUCCGUUUAAAUUAUUCUUCUAUUAUUUAAUGCAUGUUACCUUUUCUAAUUGAUCACUAAUUUUAUUUUAUUAUUAUUUUUGCCAUUUAAAAUUUCUUUAUAGAAGAGAGAGAGAGAGAGCAAUUAUAAGUUGACCUUUCCACAAUAUUUUCUAAAUGACCAAGAUGAUAAAUAAGAAACACUUUUAUGAAGUUGCAGUUUGAAUUUCUUAUUAAUGGGAUAUUUUUUUUAUAAAAGAUUUUGUAAAAUCUAAGAAAAUGGAGUUAAAUUCCUUUCAAGAAGUUGCUCAUUAUCCAGAUGUAAAAGUAGGCAUUUAAAAGAGCUAUUUGAUGGUGCUGAAAUUAUUUUCCCGAUUGCUUAUAUGUCAAGCUCAAAAUCUUGCAAAGUCUUAUUAACUUGUGGUAGACAUGCCUACCGUUGCGCAUUAUGCGGAACCAUCCCUCAAAAAACGCUUAGGUUCUACAUUGGCGAUUUUUUUCUCUGCCAAGUUUGAAUUCCGACAAAAAAAAAUCUCAGUUUAUUUUUUCCUAGUGCAAAAUGAAAAUACUGAAUGCAAAUAAAAUAUGUAUAGGUCUGUGUUUAUUGUUUACAUUUCAUCUCAUCCCGGUGUGUCCUAGAUUUAUGUAGAUAUGGUUUAGCUAGAUCUUGAUCUAUCAUCUAGUUGAUUAGUCUAGUAAGGGCUAAUGCGCAAAUGCUCCAUUCUGAUCAUUUCUUUCCCUGACAGUGUACCUAGAUCUAACCAGUUAAACUAAUUUGACUAAUAUUUUAAUAAGGACACAGAUUAUACUGGUUAGACUCUGAUAUUAGAGAUCUACGGACUUAUGAAAACUAAAUUUAUUAUUAAUUCAAUAUGGCUGCUAAACUUUAACACUUUUAAUGGCCCAAAAUUCCAAAUUAUCAACAUGAGUCUUCCUCAUUCAGGGUCUUUGGGGUAGGCAUGUCUGCUGUGGUGUUUAUUACUUAAAUUAUUUCCCUAUGAGGAUGAGUGGAAGUUUUUAAAUGGUACAAGCUGGUAAAAACAUUGUUGGGCAUCUCAGUAAACUUUCUUAAUUCAGACAAUUUUAUUUAUUGCUAAAGAUUAAUUACAAAUAUUAAGUAAAAGAACCACCAAAAAGAAAUUUUGUUUAUUUAAUAUAUUUUGGAGAACCUAAAUGUAUAUUUUCUUUUAAGUGGUCUUAAAAAUGAAAUUUAAUGUAUUCAGUUUUAUAGAUUAAAGAAUAUGUUUAUAUGACAAAAUAACAAAAACUCACUACCCUAUUCAUAGCUCACUGAAAAAAAAAAGUCUGUUCAGUCUUGAGGUACUUGAAAUGUCAGAAAUUUAAUGCUCCCAUUUAAUUUAUUUCAUAACCCUGCAAAGCAAAGUACAGUUUGGCGUUUCCACAAGGAAGAGUAAAUUAUGUAACAAAGUCGUUAAUAUAAGGCUGAGUGACUUAUGGAGAAAUUUGUGAUACUGUAUGUUUGUUGUCCUGCCCUGUAAUAAAAUGUGAAAGGGUUUAGCUGUGCCUGUUAUGUUCUUUCUCUUCCUCAGGGGUGUUUUUUUUUUUUUUGUCUAGAAUGUUUUGGGUUGUUUGGGUUUAUGUAAAGGCAAUUUUUAGUUGAACCUUUUAAACCUUGAGUUAUUUUAAUUUGUUUCAUUAUUCUAGAAGAUAACUAAUGGAACUGAAGGGAAAAUUUACGCACAAACUUGUAGGCUAACACAUGCACAAGCUUUUUGAAGAUAAUAUCUAAUUGAAUAUUUGAAAUUUCAUAAACAAAAAUAAAAUAGUUGGCAAUUUUAUGCAACUUUAUCAAUUAAAAAAAAAAAAGCGUGCUUUCAAAGAGACCAAAAGUAGCAACCUAUUUUGAGCUUGACAAAGACAGGUGAAACAUGAUUUUUUGUUAGUACUUUUCGCUUUCGUAAGCAACAUAGACGAAACAGAUGCAUUAGUGGCUUUCCUUCAUCUACUCUUUCAAAGCAAUAUCUUGUUCAAUUGUGGAGUUUGUAUUUUGUGUUCUUAUGUACACUAUCUUUGUUUUUAUUUUCAAGAUUGACUCCACUUUGGUACAAAAAAAAGUACAAAUGCUUGGAGGCGUUAGAAAAAAAACAACUUUUUGCAAAUCAUACUUGGUUUGUAUAAGAUUAACUGAUUUCUUAUGCCUUUUGACUUUAGCAAGGGCUGUUGAGCUUUUUUUUUUUUUCAUCUGGAGAUAAUCAGAUUUAAUCUUGUCCUGUCAAUCAUUUGUGGCAGAAACUUCCUUGUCGAAUAUGGCAUGUUCAGUAUCACAUUAAGUAUGAAAGCUACUCCAAUGUAGUUAUUUCUUACAGCCUGUUUUUAUUGAAUACCUUAAGCUUAUCCUUGAACAUUACAUUUUGUCUACAAUAAAUUGUCAAAGGUCAUCUCCCAUUGAAAAAUAGAAAAGUUGUAUGCCAACCCCUGUUUAUUUCAAGCUAUGCUUCUUUUGCUGAUUAGUAUGCAUUGGUAGUUUUUGGUAACUGAUGUUUUUGAUUGAGCUACCAUUAGGAUAACAGCUGUCUUGUUUACUUACUUUAUUCAGUGUAAUUUUGUUUAUCAAACUCUUUAAUUCCAUUUCAUUUUAAUUAGAAGAGAGAAUAAUUAUUCAAGACUUGUAAACACACUCUAAUCAGCCAAUGCUCUGCCCUGGUUUUGAAAUAAUCUUAUCAGUUGAAUCUUGUGUGAGACCUACGCUUAUUUAUUUAUUUUUGUUAUUGUUAUUUUUGGGCAACCCUUUAUUACAUAAUACAGAUUUAGUGUGGGUUCUCUACCUGGUUCAACUAUAUUCAAUUUUUAUAUCUAUAUUUAUGUGCUAGUAAGUUCAUGUUUUACUGUGUCUAUUUGUCUUCAAUUUUUUGUUUUUUAAUGAAUCCUCUAAGAACUGAUUGGAUUAGAAAUGGAGGGGAAAAAAUAUUAAUGAGUAUUUUUAUUAAAUGAAAACCAGUUUCUUCAACUCAGUAGUUUCUUCCACCAAUAACAAAAAGAUUUAUUUUUGAAUGUCUUUAGUGUAAAUAGAUACAUCGUCUCAUUACAGAUGGUUUAUUUUUGUGUUUUUGUUUGGUUUUCUUUCUGUGUAACAAUGAUGUAAAUCCUGAAAAAAAAAAAAAAAACAAAUCUGUUGACAUUAUUUACUAUUUCUAUUAUUUGAAUUAUUACUUCUGUAAAAAAAAAAUAUUCAACAUCUUUACACACUUUGAUUGCAUUUUUUUUAAAAACAAAAAUAAAAAAUAAAACCUAUUUGCACAACUUUUUUAAUUAACUGUAGUUUGUUAGUGGCUUUUGUAAAUUAAAUUUAAGGUGAUGGGAAGUGACUAUUUGUAUCAUUGGGAGAUUCUGAAGUAUGCUCUUUAGACUGGCGUGAGCUGGUUUCACUGUGGUAAAUUGUGUAUGAAGGUUAGUGUAGACUAUGUAGCAGUUCAGCUCCCAUCUUGCCUGUGUCUCAAGUUUCCUUGUUUCAUGUUUUCUUCAGGUGGAAAUCUUAGGACUUGAAAUUACUUUUUCACUUUUUUUUUAUUUUUCCAAUUUACCUUUACUAAUGAUUUUUUUCUUUGGACAAAUAGGAUAAAAACAAUCUUUUAAGCCUUAUAACAGUUUAUUCCAAUGUUUUUGGAAAUGGAUCAAAUGUCUUCAGCCAACUCCUGUUAGAGCAGUGUGGGACUUGAGCCAACUGUAUUGUUGGAAUUCAUCAGAUAUUAUUAGAGUGGGUGCUAUAUGUCCUAGCAAUUUGUACCCCUUCCUUGUACAAACUUUUUCUAUGAAUCUGAUUUUUUUUUUUUACCUUAUUGUUUUGUCAUCUCUGUAAAAAAAAAAAAGGAUUCUCUCAUGUACCCUUGUGGAUUUAAGUUCUACAUUGUUAACUGAGACCUGGGUUGUCACUCCAUUAUUAAGGACUGUCUCCAAAUUACACAAUAGACAGUUCUGGAUAGCUUCUUGCAUUUCUUGAUGGUGCAAACUAUCAGCAGUUUAGUAUGUGAAAUGGGAGUUUCUCCUACCCAGCUUGAUCUUGCAAUGAAUACCAGAUUUUAGUAUCCCCAGACAUCAUGGUGCAGUAGAAAGCUUCCCUUAAAUGUAUUGCCAAUAAUUAAUAAGAAGUAUCCUGUCAAAAUGACUUGCACAAAGAUAAGAAGCAAUAUCUGAUUCCUAAUGGAGUUGAAUGAAAAUGUUCACACUGGGCCUGCCUUAAACAAAGGCCAACUAGGCAGCCGUCUGGGGCAUCUGAUUGGUGGUGGCCUCACACAAGACUCAUAACAAUUUCUUUUUGGAAGAAAUAGCAAAACUUGUGCCCAAUGUCAUUGUUGAAGUACACUAAGUUUUUAGUAAACUGUGUCAUUUUAAUCUUUUGCUGUUUAUUUAUUUGUUUUGUUCUAUUUCGUUUGGGGCCUCCAAUUAUCUAAGGCCGGCCCUGAUUCAUACAUCAAUAUUUCAUGUACUACAGUGUGGACAAAAUUCAGGCUUCGUUGAAAUGAAUUGUAAGAGUCAAUAAUAUCUUUUUAUGUUUUCGUGCAAUUAAACGUAGCAGCCUAACUUUUCCUUGUUUUAUUAGUUUAGUUCUCUCUGUGCCUUUAUGCAAAGUGUUCUCCACCUUUUUAAUACAAGAUGAAAUGUAUAAAAAAAAAAAAAGGGAAAUAAUUUCUGGUGUUUUAUUGCUUCCUUUAUUUAUUUUUGUUUUGUUUUACUUAGUAUAAGAGUUCAAAUCAAUAUAUAAAUUUAUAUCUAAACAUUACAUUCUAGCAUGUUGUUAUUGUGUUCUUUUACAUAUAAUUGUAUGCAAAUUUAUAAGGAAACAAUUUUUUCAAAUAAUGGUUGGAACAAAUUUUAAAAGUAUUUCUAUAUUAAUAGACCUGUAUUCGUCUGAUUGUAUUUCCUACUCUCUACAGUCCACAAUAUGGACAAAUGUACCUUGCUACAGGGUACUUCAUCACACCAGAUGACAUGUUUAUUUGUAUUGUCUUGCAGAUCUUUUCAUUAUUGUUUUUUUUUUUUAAAGGAAACUUUGGUUCGAUACUAUAAUGGCUGCUUGAGUCCUGGGGUAAUGGAGAGAUCUGACUGUGAUUGAUUAAUUGUUGAUUCUUAAUUCACUGACAUUUUUACUGAGAAAGAAUGGAUCUAUCAUCAACUAUCGUAUUAAUAAUAAAAUGUACAUACCACACCAAA